AUGUUUUCUAUUAUUCCGUCAUUCUCUAUACGCUCAGGAUAUCGAGUGCUUGCGGCGAUUUUGGUUUUUCUAAUACUCCAGCAGUAUCUUUCCUUUCGCAAGCCCGCCUCCCUAAGCCCAACAUAUCCUGACGGGAACGAUGCUUCAUCUUCAUUAGCGUGCGACUCGCUUGAGGGUCUCAAUGACCUUUUCGUAAUUCUUAGGACGGGCGCCUCUGAGGCCCCUAAAAAACUUCCCGUUCAUUUUUCGACUACCCUGCGCUGCGUCCCUCACUAUGUCAUUUAUUCCGAUUACGAGGAGGAUAUCGAAGGAUACCAUGUCUAUAACGCCUUGGAUGAGAUGAACCCCGAUAUCGUAGCUACACAUCCCGAUUUUGAAUAUUACCGUCGCUUGCAAGAGAAAGGCAGAGAGGCCUUUUCUCCCGAAGAGCUCGCACAAUGGAGCGCUGCUAAAAAUACGAAAGGCGGGCGGGAUAGUCCUGGUUGGAGGUUGGAUAAGUGGAAGUUCCUCCCACUCGCGGACAAGGCCUUUCGCGAGCGACCCGAUGCGAAAUGGUAUAUCUUCAUCGAGUCGGAUACUUAUAUGCUCUGGCAAUCUUUCUUAGAAUGGCUUUCCCAUUUUGAUCCGUCCAAGCCUCAUUACCUGGGCAUGCAGAUGCAAAUUGGCGACGUAAUCUUUGCUUAUGGCGGCGCGGGUUUUGCGAUUUCCAACCCGGCACUGAAAAAGGCCGUGGCGCAUCGCAACGAAAACCUCCAGGCUUAUGAUGACUUUACCGGUUCUCACUGGGCUGGUGAUUGUGUCUUAGGCAAAGUCUUAGCCGAUACGGAUGUAAAUUUGCUCUGGUCUUUCCCGACUUUAGCUGGAGACCAGCCUGCCGAUAUGAAUUUCAACUCGACAUUUGGUGGAUCGAACAAGAAACCGUGGUGUUACUAUGCCACAAGUUAUCACCAUCUUCCAUCUUCGGAAUACCACAAAUUGGCCAAGUUCGAACAAGCUUGGAAGCGGGAAAAUGGAACCCUCCCACGUCACGGAGACGUAUUUAGAAAUUACGUUUUGCCUAAUUUCUCCUCAAAGCUUAGCGAUUGGGACAACCUAUCAGAUGUCGACCAGGGUUCGGUCGCUUCUUUUGACGAAUGUCGUAGUAUCUGCGAGAAACAAUUCGAUUGCAUACAAUUCUCGUUGUCGGACCAGAGCUGCAAGACGUCGACGGCACUUAUGCUAGGACAUCGGAUCUCCAAGGACGCUACCCCACGAGUGACGUCGGGGUGGAUAAUGGAGAAGGUGAAGGAGUACCCUGAACAAAUGGACGACUCUUGCGACAAUCAAAGUUGGAUAUUAUCCUAA